AUGCCGUCCACAAUCUCCCCCACCGUCCCAUCGAUCGCCAAAAACCAAGUCCUGGAAAGCCUCAUCUGCGCCUCUUUCACCUUGCACUCCGGCGGCAAAGCUGUGCUCGAAUUUGCCAAAACCCUGUUCGGCAACAUCGCUGUGUCAACCGCUGUCGAAGAACGCCAGCACGACGAGAAGAUGGUGGGAAUGAAUGGAGGGUUCGGGGAGGGCUUCGCUUGCACGUCUCUCGCGCGCGCCUACUCUCUCCUCAUCGAGCACGGCGAGGAUGUCAACGCUCAGGAUCUCAAGAACAUUGCGCUCGAACGCUUCCUGGCCGAUGACUUCCAGUACCAGGUGGAGCGUGUGAGAUGUGGUGGGUAG